UGUAUACUCCGUAGUGUAUACAGUGUUGUUUACUACAGUACACAUAACCUGUGUUUUACUUGAAAACAAAUUAUUUUUCUGAUAAUAAAAUGUCUGACCGUGAUAAUUUAGAGAGUGAAAGUGAUCAGCCUCCUGCAAAGAAAGCAAAAUCACACUAUGACACACUAUCAAGUCAUCAAACCCAACAAUCAUCACAGGGGUCACAAAAUAUUAUUAUUGAAACUGGACAUCACCAAGAUCAGUUAAACACAAGAAAUACUAUUAAUGUUAUGCAAGAUUUUAUUAAUCUAAUAGUACCAGAAUAUACUAAUUUUUAUUUAAGCUCUCAAGGAGGUACAUAUGACGAGGUGGUCUAUGAGUAUAGUAAAAGUCAUUCUAUUUCAUUACUUUACGUAGCUUUAACACGAGUAACAAGUCUUUAAGGGUUAUUUAUAUGUAACAGUCAGGAUAAUUUAAGAUUUUAUCAUGGAAGAAGAGUAGAUCCAUCAGUUUCAAGUUUACAGCAAGAAUUUAAAGGAUUAUCUCUAA